UACUGAAGUAGCAUCAACUACUUCACUGGGCAAGGAAUUCCAUAGAAAAGCACUGAAACAAACUCACACAUACAAGUGGGAGUGUUCCAGUGCACAGACUGUGGAGAGUUUUAAUCAGUUACUUAUUCUGGAAAAAGUUGCAACACCAUUCACAUCAGGGAAGAGACUGUACAGGGGCUCUGUGUGUGGACGACAUUGUGACUGAUCAUCAAACCUGGAGAAACAAGGACGCCCAUGCCAUGGAGAAACCUUGGAAAUGUUGGGACUGUGGGAAGGGGUUUAGUUUCUCAUCUGCAUUGGAAACGCAUCGAAAUGUUCACACCGGGGAGAGGCCGUUCACCUGCUCCAUGUGCGGGAAGGGGUUCACUCAGUCAUCCAGCCUGCUGAAACACCAGCGGGUCCACACCGGGGAGAGGCCAUUCACCUGCUCGGUGUGCGGGAAGGGCUUCACCCAGUCGUCCAACCUGCUGAGGCACCAGCAAGUCCACACGGGGGAGAGGCCGUUCUUCUGCUCGGAGUGCGGGAAGGCGUUCACUCAGGCGUCCAACCUGCUGAGGCACCAGCGCGAUCACACGGGGGAGAGGCCCUUCACCUGCUCAGAGUGCGGGAAGGGCUUCAGCCAGUCGUCCCAUCUCCUCAACCACAGGCGGGUUCACACCGGCGAGAGGCCGUUCACCUGCUCUGAAUGUGGGAAGACAUUCACCCAGGCGUCCAACCUGCUAAUGCACCAGCGCGCUCACAGUGGGGAGAGGCCGUUUACCUGCUCCGUGUGUGGCAAGGGAUUUAAUGACUCUUCCACCCUUCUGAGGCACCAGAGGAUCCACACAGGGGAGAAGCCGUUCACCUGCUGUCAGUGUGGGAAAGCAUUCGUUCAUUCAUCUAACCUACUGAGACACCAGAGAGGGCACAACGGCGCCAUGGAGAAACCGUGGAAAUGUGGGGACUGCGGGAAGGGUUUCUGCUCCCCGUCUUCCCUCGAAACGCACCGGCGCAGUCACACCGGGGAGAGGCCGUUCACUUGCUGCGUCUGCGGGAAGGGGUUCACUCAGCUGUGCAGCCUGCUUUUGCAUCAGCGGGUCCACACCGGGGAGAGGCCAUUCUCCUGCUCGGCAUGCGGGAAGAGCUUCACUCACUCGUCUUCCAUGCAGCGGCACGUGCGGAUCCACACGGGGGAGAGGCCGUUCACCUGCCCCACGUGCGGGAAGGGCUUCAAUCAGUCGUGCAGCCUGCAGACCCACCAGCGGGUCCACACGGGGGAGAGGCCGUUCUCCUGCCCCGUGUGCGGGAAAGGGUUCACCCACUCCUCCGCCAUGCUGCAACACCAGCGGGUCCACACGGGGGAGAGGCCGUUCACUUGCUCCGUGUGCGGGAAAGGGUUCACUCACUCGUCCGCCAUGCUGAGGCACCAGCGAGACCACACCGAGGAGAGGCCCUUCAUCUGCCCGGUGUGCGGGAAGGGUUUCAGUCAGUCGUGCAACCUGCAGUCACACCAGAGGGUCCACACCGGGGAGAGGCCAUACUCCUGCCCGGUGUGCAGGAAGGGAUUCACUCACUCCUCCGCCAUGCUGAGGCACCAGAGGGUCCACACCGGGGAGAGGCCGUACACCUGCAGCUUGUGCGGGAAGGGCUUUGGUCAGUUGUGCAGCCUGCAGACCCACCAGCGGGUCCACACUGGCGAGAGGCCUUACACCUGCUCCGAGUGCGGGAAGGGAUUCACUCACUCCUCUGCUAUGCUGCAACACCAGAGGGUCCACACUGGCGAGAGGCCGUUCAUCUGCCCCGCGUGCGGGAAGGGAUUUACCCGCUCCUCCCACCUGCUGAGACACCAACGAAUUCACAAGUGACAGCCAGAAUCGGAUUUUGCCAUUGUCGUUCCUGUGAGUCACGUCCGGGCCUGAACUGUGUCAGUUCUGGUGGAGGGUCUCCUUUCUGCUGCCCUGGCCGCUCUCACCCGCUUCGCUUCCAGUGGGGCUGAUGCCUUUUGAGCACAUUCCCGCUGAACUGAUCCUCGGAGGCUGAGCAAGUAGAAUUUAUUGCCGCGCCGGGUCGUAAGGUUUUCAUCUCUCACUCAUCAGGACACAGACGCAAGAAUGCCAAAUCUCAAAUGGAACUGCAAAAUAUGCAACUGCUGAUUGGUUGGCAAAUCACCUCUGCUUGGCCAUGGCAUGGCCGAGGAGUGUACGAGGGAGUGAUUGUCCUCCUCCUGGUAACAAUGUGAGAAUAUAUUUGCCUCAUUUAAGAAUGAGGAGGCAAAUGGGCUGUUUGUUUCACUUCUGUGAAGGUAGCAUUUUCUCAAGAGGUCAUGAGGUCACUUGGAACACGUGUUAAAUACCUUAUUUCUAAGAAAGCACGUGACUUAAUACCUCAAUCAAAUUCUUAUGGAGUUAACUGAUGAAAUGUUUGCAAUUCUGGGUUUUACGAUGUACCAAAGCACAAAUGGUCAGUGGCCGUGGGAGGUCUUGAGUUUAGAACAAUCAGGUUUCUGGUCUGAAAGGCAGUUUAAUUGCAGCAGAAGAAGAAGUUGCUGUGAGAUGAAAUUGAGAGAGUUUGUAGCAUUCUUCUGGCUAUCGGAACAGACAAAAAAAUCCAGGCUCUCCAAACUGGAAAGAUAUUCUUUAGCCAUUAAAUCAGGAAACAGUCAGUCGAGUAAGGCACCAUCAAGUUGAGAAAGGAGUGGUACAUCACUGGGACUGAGCAUCCAGCAAGAAUAUUGCUGAGAAAAAGACUGAACUUUUCGGUUUACUUUUAUGUUGAGAGAUUUCUAAUUUGCCAUAUACAUGAUUUUUUUUAAAAGAAAUAUUUGGUAUAAUGUGUGUCCUUUUUGGAAAAUAAAGCAGUGGCCUUGUGUGAAUUCCUUCAGUGAAUAAUCUCCAUGGUUACCAACUGCGAAAAUAAAACUCCAUGAUCCAUGAUAGUAGGAACUGCAGAUGCUGGAGAAUCUGAGACAACAAGGUGUAGAGCUAGAUGAACACAGCAGGCCAAGCAGCAUCAUAGGAGCAGGAAGGCUGACGUUUCGGGCCUAGACCCUUCAUCUCCAUGAUCCGUGAAUCCAGUUUUCAGUCUGGGAUCAAAUUUGUCCAGUAUUACAGUAUCAUCUGGGAUCAUAAAGUAGGGGGGAAGAGGUAAGGAAUUUGUGGAAUUAAGGUGGAUCUGUGAAUCUUUUAAGGAACAGUAUGUGGGAAGGACUAGACAUAAAAUGGGAAUGUUGUUAUAGAGUCAUACAACACGGAAACAGACCCCUCGAUCCAACCAGUCCGUGCCGACCAUAAUCCCAAACUAAACUAGUCCCACCUGCCUGCUCCUGGCCCAUAGCCCUCCAAACCUUUCCGGCUCAUGUACUUACUAAAUGUCCUUAAAACGUUGUAAC